AUGUGGUGCUUUUAUAAGAAGUGCCCUGAUUUGACAUCCCCUACAAAUGGUUGGGUGAGCGGCUCCAACCUGCAUCAAGACCAGGCCACGUUUUCCUGCAACCCAGGCUACAACGUGAUUGGCACCAACCCGGUUACCUGUCAGGCGGAUGGCACUUGGAAUGCAGCUUUCCCAACAUGUGCAGCUGUUCAGUGUCCCACCCUGACACCCCCUACAAACGGUGGCGUGAGCGGCGAGAACUACUAUCAGAACGUGGCCACCUUCACGUGUGACUCAGGCUACAAUCUGGUCGGCACUUCUACAAUAUCCUGCCAGGCUGAUGCCACCUGGUCGGCAGCUUUCCCGACGUGUGCAGCUGUUCAGUGUCCCGUCCUGACACCCCCUACAAACGGUGGCGUGAGCGGCGGGAACUACUAUCAGGACGUGGCCACCUUCACGUGCGACUUUGGCUACGAUCUGGUCGGCACUUCUGCAAUAUCCUGUCAAGCUGACGCAACCUGGUCGGCGGCUGUCCCUACAUGUGCAGCUGUCCAGUGUCCCGUACUGACAGCCCCAACAAACGGUGGCGUGAGCGGCGGGAACUCCUACGGAGACGUGGCCACCUUCACGUGUGACUCAGGUCACAGCCUGUCUGGCUCUGCUACACUUACCUGUCAGGCGGACACCACUUGGAAUGGAGCUUCACCAACGUGUGCAGCUGGACUAUGUCCCACACUGACACCCCCUACAAACGGUGCGGUGAGCGGUUCCAACUCCCUCGGAGACGUGGCCACCUUCACGUGUAACUCAGGAUACAACCUAGUUGGCGGUUCUACACGAACAUCUGUCCAGUGUUCCGUACUGACAGCCCCAACAAACGGCGGCGUGAGCGGCGGGAACUCCUACACAGACAUGGCCACCUUCACGUGUGACUCAGCUGUCCAGUGUCCCGUACUGACAGCCCCAACAAACGGCGGCGUGAGCGGCGGGAACUCCUACGGAGACGUGGCCACCUUCACGUGUGACUCAGGUUACAGCCUGUCUGGCUCUGCUACACUUACCUGUCAGGCGGACACCACUUGGAAUGGAGCUUCACCAACGUGUGCAGCUGGACUGUGUCCCACACUGACACCCCCUACAAACGGUGCCGUGAGUGGUUCCAACUCCCUCGGAGACGUGGCCACCUUCACGUGUAACUCAGGAUACAACCUAGUUGGCGGUUCUACACGAACAUGUCAGACGGACUUGACUUGGAGUGGAAGCUCACCAACAUGUACAGCUGUCCAGUGUCCCGUACUGACAGCCCCUACAAACGGCGGCGUGAGCGGCGGGAACUCCUACGGAGACGUGGCCACCUUCACGUGUGACUCAGGUUACAGCCUGUCUGGCUCUGCUACACUUACCUGUCAGGCGGACACCACUUGGGAUGGAGUUUCACCAACGUGUGCAGCUGGAUUGUGUCCCACACUGACACCCCCUACAAACGGUGCGGUGAGCGGUUCCAACUCCCUCGGAGACGUGGCCACCUUCACGUGUGACUCAGGUUACAACCUAGUGGGCGGUUCUACACGAACAUGUCAGACAGACCUGUCCUGGAGUGGAAGCUCACCAACAUGUACAGGAUAA